AUGUCCGUACAGAUGGCGGGGAGGUUGGGCCGGGCGCUCCGGGGGAAGUGGCCGCUCUCCUCCAUGGGGGUCCGGGCUUUCCACACUCCGGCGGUCCGCUCUCGGGCCAGAGCCGGCUCCUCGGUCCUGCUGGGGGCUGCGGUGGUGGCCGGUCUGGCGGCGGGAUUCUCCCGGCUACAACGGGCAGAGAUGGCGGCGGAGGAGAACGAGGUGGCCCGGCGGUGUCAGACGUUCAUGGCGGCCCCGGUGACCUCCGUAGAGGAUCUGAAGGAGAAGAGCCGGGAGACCAAGACCAGCAUGGAGCUCCUCAUCAUGGAGACCCAGGCCGACGUGUGCCGGGCCCUAGAGAGGGCGGACGGGGGCGCCACCUUCACUGUGGACCGCUGGGAGAGGAACGAGGGUGGAGGAGGCAUCAGCUGUGUUCUUCAGGAUGGUAAAGUCUUUGAGAAGGCGGGGAGUCAAUGUGUCUGUGGUCCAUGGAUACCUGUCAGAAGAAUCCAUCCAGCAGAUGAAGAGUAGAGGAAAGAACAUUAAAACCAAAGAUGGGAAGCUGCCUUUCACUGCUAUGGGGGUUAGUUCUGUUAUCCACCCCAAGAAUCCCCAUGUCCCAACCAUCCACUUCAACUACAGAUACUUUGAAAUUGAGGAGGCUGAUGGUACCAAGCAGUGGUGGUUUGGAGGUGGAACAGACCUGACCCCAACCUACCUGAAUAAGGAAGAUGUGCUACAUUUCCAUCAGACUCUGAAGGAGGCCUGUGACAAACACAGCCCUGAUUUCUAUCCCCAGUUUAAGAAGUGGUGUGAUGAUUACUUUUUCAUUAAGCACCGCGGAGAACGUAGAGGAGUUGGAGGCAUCUUCUUCGAUGAUCUGGACUCUCCAUCUAAGGAGGACCUCCUCCAGUUUGUGGAGAGUUGUACUAAAGCUGUAGUGCCAUGUUAUGUCCCUAUAGUGAUGAAGCACAAGAAUGACCCCUUCACCCCAGAGGAGAAACAGUGGCAGCAGUUGAGAAGGGGACGGUAUGUGGAGUUCAAUCUCGUCUAUGACAGAGGUACCAAGUUUGGCCUUGCAACUCCCGGCUCCAGGAUAGAGAGCAUUCUGAUGUCUCUGCCAUUGACUGCCAGAUGGGAAUACAAUCAUGUACCACCUCCGGAGUCACGGGAAGCUGAAAUUCUUAGUAUUCUGCGGGAGCCCAAGGACUGGGUGCAUUGA